CACCCGAAACCUUAGUCUCCAUCUGUCCAGUCUGCAGUAUGGCCCCGAAGAAAGUGGAACCAAAGAAGACAGAGGUGAAGAAGGUGGAGGCGAAGAAGGAGGAACCACCUCCACCUCCCAAACCUGUGGAGCCAGAGUCCAAACCUCCUGAGGUGGACCUCAAAAGCAUUGUGGUGGAGUUCACCCCUGACCAGAUUGAAGAGUUCAGAGAUGCUUUCACGCUGUUUGAUGAGACACCCACAGGUGAGAUGAAGAUCACCUUUGCUCAGUGUGGAGAUGUCAUGCGAGCACUCGGCCACAACCCCACCAACGAGGAGGUGAUGAAACUGCUGGGGAGGCCAAAGGCAGAGGAGCUGCAUGUCAAGCUGCUGGACUUUGACACCUUCUUGCCCAUGCUGCAGCAUGUGGCUCGCUCCAAAGAGCAGGGCACUUUUGAGGAUUUUGUGGAGGGUCUGAGGGUAUUUGACAAAGAGGGAAACGGCACGGUGAUGGGGGCCGAGCUCCGCCACGUCCUCUCUACACUGGGAGAGAAGAUGACGGAGGACGAGGUGGACAGGCUGAUGGUGGGACAGGAAGAUGCCAAUGGACACAUCAAUUACACUGAGUUUGUCAAACAUAUCCUGGCUGGGUAGAAAACACAGAAAGGCUGCUGUUUUGAUGGACUGAGGUUCUGUCUGUCUCUGCUGUAUUAAAUGCGUGUUUCCACGCAGCCUACGUCUCUAAUAAAAUGUCUUCAGUCCCUC